AUGGCGACCGAUGUGGCUUUUGAUACGAGCAUGGGCUCAUUUACGGUAGAGCUUUACAAUGAGCAUGCGCCCAAGACAUGUAAGAACUUCGCAACGCUUGCGCAGAGAGGCUAUUACAACAACGUCAUCUUCCAUCGCAUUAUCCCCAACUUCAUGGUCCAAACCGGUGAUCCUACCGGCACCGGCAGAGGAGGAAGCUCGAUCUACGGCGAGAAAUUCGAGGACGAGAUUCAGCAAAACUUGAAGCAUACGGGAGCUGGAAUCUUGAGUAUGGCGAACAGUGGACCCAACACCAACGGCAGUCAGUUCUUUGUCACUCUUGCGCCAACGCCUUGGUUGGACGGAAAGCACACGAUCUUUGGCCGAGUGAAGAGUGGAAUGAGGGUCAUCCAGCGCAUGGGACUUGUUAAGACGAAUGCUGAAGACAAGCCGGUUGACGAGGUCAAAAUCAUUCGGGCCAGGGUUAUAGAAGCAGAGGAGUGA